AUGUCGGCUGCACGCUUCGCGCUGAUGAGAGCCCGCGUGGCAAUGCCCGCGCCCUCGUCGGGUUUCCUGGCUACUCGGACCAUUUCAUCGACUGCUAUGAUGAGCAAGGGCCCUGUCGAGGCGGCCAAAGAUACUCUCAAGAAGGCGGAUCGGACCGUGUCUGAUGCGGCAGUCAAGGGUCUGAAUAAAGGCGAGGAGGCUCGUGACAAGCUCAAGGACGCCGUUGGUGCGACCACCCAAGAGGCCAAGGUCAAGUCACAGGAGAUGAAGGGCGAGGCGGCCGAGUAUACCGGGCAUGGCAAAGGAAAGGCGGAGGAGGCGCUCGGCGAGGCCAAGGGGAAGACGAAGGAGGCGCUGGGCGAGGCUAAAGCGAAGGCCAAGGAGUUGUAG